AUGGAGGAGAAGCAGGUCCUCGAAUCGAUGGCCACUGUCACCAUUAAGCCGGAGUACCCGCCCUCUGAGUACUGCUCUUCUGAACCACCACCGAGUGCCAGGAUCGACUUUAAUAGGCACGACACAAAAAUACUGCCAAACAACUUAACCAGAACCGCGUGUCAACAGGAAUGCCUAAACGAAAAAGCUUCCAAUGCAAAUCUAUCAAAUUUAAAAAUAAACUUUAGUUACAACGUCCCAGAAACAAACAGAAGUGUCGGUACUUGUGUUUUAAGUGAUUCCGAUAGACACUUAAUGCCCAACUCCUAUAGAGUAUCGACUUUUGAUGAUGAAUAUUUCGAAACCAAUGUGCAAAUUCAGAUUAUGGAACCAAAGAUUAUUGCGCUUAUGAGGAAUACGAAAAACGUAAUUUUAAGUCAUGCAGACUUAUUAUAUACGCAGAAAACCAAAGAGGAAUGUCAAAUACUCUGCGAGUCUUUCAAUCGAUUUAACUGUAGAGGCUUCAGCAUUAUCAGUGGCAAAACCAAUAAUGUUUGCUUGCUGCAUAGUGAGGAUAGUAAAUUACAUGGACCAAAGUUGUUGGAACCUUCAUCAGAUUCCAAAUACUACGAGAAAGCUAGAUGUCUAAACAUUAGUGUGUCAUGUAGUGAAAGUUACAUGACGAUACGUUAUCAGCCCGAACUAGAAUUUCGAGGGAAAUUAUACAUGCAAGGGAAUUCGGAAAAUCCGCAAUGUUUUGUAUGGGGCCAAGGAAAAUUUAACACUAUCACACUGAAACUACCUUUGCUCACCAGCCAAUGUGGUAUAAUUAAAGCUGACAGCCCUACUAACAGAACUCUAUUGGCUGGGACAUUAGUGAUACAAUACAACGCACUUAUACAGACACGCUCGGACAGAAUAAUAAAAGUUGGGUGCAUCUUUGGAAACGAAUCUAAAGUUCUAAUUGGUACAGGAGUUAAAAUUUCAUCAUCCCUUCCUAAUAAAGGCAGUACACUGUUAAACACUGCAUCAAACGAAACUGUAGCUCCGGUAGUAGAGAUGAAAGUCGUUGAUUUGAGGUCCCAAGAAGAAACCAUUGACUCGCAAAUAGGACAAGAAUUACAAAUGAUUAUUGAACUUAAAGAAAAAACAAAUACAUAUGAUCUCUGGGCUAGUCAUCUUAUAGCAAUGACUGAAAAAGGAGAUGAAUCUAUAUUUCUAUUAGACGAUCGAGGCUGUCCGCCAAACCUUAAUAUUUUUCCAGCUUUAAAAAAAGAAACUACAAAUGACACUAAAAAAUUAACUGCGAUUUUUCAAGCCUUUAAAUUCGCAUCUUCGCCAGUAGUGAGAUUUAGUGUAAUUAUACAAUUUUGUACUGAUGUGUGCAAUCCAAUAAAUUGUGGAAAUAACAUAGAAUCAUAUGGCCGACGAAAAAGGGCAAUUUUAACUCCAGUUCUAGAAACUAUUAAUGGAAGUACUACAAUCAGGUCAAAUGGCAUCAAAAAUAAAACAUAUUAUAAUAAUUACAAUAGCAAAUCAUCUGUAACAAAUCAAAUGCCUCUUGAAUAUAUUAUGGUUGUCAGAAACCCAAACUCAUAUUCAGACAGACUAAUUGUUGGUGAUAGAGAUACUAAAAUAUUAGUUGCAGGUUACAAUUACAAAACUGAUGAAGUCUGUAUGGAUUAUUCGUUAGUAAUUGGCUUAAUUAUUACAUGGAUUAUUGUGCAACUUAUUUUUAUUAUUUGCUGUAUUGUCCUAGUCCGAAGAUACAAGAAGUAUUAUGAAGAACAGUAUACUAGAGCCUCGAUGGAAGAAUUACACAAGAAUUUUGGCAUUGGAUUCAGUAAUCUCGAAAACAGAAGAGUACAUUGGGCUGAUAAUGGUGACAAUAUAAUGUAGUUUAAAUAAAAUUUUUCAAAAUUAACAUUAUUUAU